CGUGCCAAAUUCACCAGUCAAUCCACAACAUAAUUAUCAGCACAAGAUGGCGCUGUCCCUUGACUUUCAAAACCGAGUUCUAUAUGCUUGUUCGUGCUCGCAACUGGCUCCUUUGAGUGACCUCUACUUUUGUAGACACUGUAAGGUUCCACGGUGCCAAGAUUGUGUGUUUUCUACUGUUGAAAGUUUCUCUUGUCCUCAUUGUUUUGAAGCUUGUAGUGUAACCACUGAGCUAAAAGCCAAGAAAGGACGUUGUAAUCAUUGUUUUCAGUGUCCUCAAUGCUCAUCAACACUCACAACUCGCUCAGUCAUUGUUCCUAGUGAGGUUCUAGCUCAAGGCGAGCAGCCCCCAUCGAAAGAUAUCAUGUUGGGGUCUUCCUCAGCACGUACACCUUCAAAAAUGACUCCACCUACAAUUACUUCGACAUUGAAGUCACCAGGAGGCACCAAAGUUUACUUUCUCUCCUGUUCUCACUGCAAAUGGAGUACUCGAGAUGUUGGUAUCAAGGACAAGCGUUCACCAGCCGAUUUCAAAGAUAAAGUCAGCCUUCAUCAAGCAAGAAUCAGUGAGCUUGUCAACUUCUACAAAGAGUAUGCUCUUCAAGAUGUGGCAGAACGUGAAAAGGUAAAGAAACCCCCCACUACCCGUCGGGCUCGAACUUAUGGAGGUAUGCUCGACCCGACCAAGUUUAAGCCAUUACUGUCUUGUGGUAGCGACAGUCCUACAACUAAGCGAAGAGGCAGCUCUCAAAUAUCCUGGGACUGCAAUAUUUGUGAAAAGAUGAAAGCAAAACCUACUGAUCCUGUUCCUCCUAGUCAAGAUUUGUAUUCCAAACCUCUAAACCUUGCUGAAACACCGUCUGUACUUCAGCGUUUGAUGGACCCGUCAUUCCAACCGUACUCUUCUUCAAAUUUUUGGCCUCGUCAACUUUUUCUAAUUGCUAAAAAACUGCAUCGCUGCAAUGGUUGUGACCACAUUCUGAUCAAAGCUGAAAUGAAUCCGGGGUCUAUUCGCUUUAAAAUUCAGCAAAUUGCUUGGCAUGUAUUCCCUCACAUUUGCAUUGUGGAAAAUCCUAGCUUGGAGGCUGGUAAAGAAUCGGAAGUGCUUCUCUCUAUUUCAAAUCCUGUGAACUACUCAAUGAGUGUAUCAUUUCAACAGUUUGAUCCAAAUAAAACCCGAGUUAAGGAAACGGUUUCACCGUGUUCACUCCCAGACUCCUUGUUCCUGCUUACCCCAAAUGAUGACCUUGGGGACCUGCUUGACGAACAUACCAAUAUUAAAGAUGAUCCUCAAGUUGUUCAUUCACGGCAUCCCGGCAAGUUGAUUCUCAAGUUUCGUGUGACUGCACAAGAUGUUUCAGAAAGCAUCAAGUUUAUGUUUGAGAUGGUAUUCAGUCACAAGCCUAUGAUUGAGGCAGAUCAGAACCAUGACGAAACUACAGUAAAAGUACCUGUGUUGGUACGAUUGUUGAGAUGUAUAUAAGUGUAGCAAUUAUAGUUUUAGGUAUUGCCCUUGGUAUUGUCAUAGGUUUCCUUUACGGUAUUGUAAAUUUAUUGUUGGAACUUAUCACA